CGCCCCCCUCGACCUCGUCCCCCCACCAGCGGCUGCAUAAGAACAAGGUGAGCAGCUGCACCUUUGCCAAAGCAACCACUUGCGUUCCUCCUCUCCUCUGGAAUGGACAAUGGGAUGGUCUCUGACUUUAUCAUGAUCAAAAACUUCUUCCUCUUCUGCGUUUCCAUGAGUUUAGCCAGCCACUUCGGCUUCUCACAAACACCAACAGCAUCGGGAAAAGAGGACGCCAAUGACAACAUCACGAUAUUCACCAGGAUCUUGGAUGGUCUCCUGGAUGGCUACGACAACCGACUGCGCCCAGGACUGGGAGAGAGAAUAACUCAGGUGAAAACAGACAUCUAUGUUACCAGCUUUGGUCCUGUGUCAGACACAGAAAUGGAAUACACCAUUGAUGUUUUUUUCCGGCAAAGCUGGAAAGAUGAAAGGCUGAGAUUCAAAGGACCUAUGCAACGCCUCCCUCUUAACAACCUGCUUGCCAGCAAGAUUUGGACCCCAGACACUUUUUUCCACAAUGGCAAGAAGUCUAUUGCUCACAACAUGACAACCCCAAACAAACUCCUGCGCCUGGAGGAUGAUGGUACUCUGCUGUAUACCAUGAGAUUGACCAUCUCUGCUGAGUGUCCCAUGCAGCUUGAAGAUUUCCCCAUGGACGCACAUGCUUGCCCACUAAAAUUUGGAAGCUAUGCUUACCCCAAUUCUGAAGUGAUCUACGUGUGGACUAAUAGCACCACAACUUCUGUGGUGGUGGCUGAAGACGGAUCACGACUUAACCAAUACCACCUGAUGGGACAAACUGUAGGAACUGAAAACAUCAGUACCAGUACAGGUGAAUAUACUAUUAUGACAGCCCAUUUUCAUCUGAAAAGAAAAAUUGGUUAUUUUGUCAUCCAGACGUACCUUCCUUGCAUUAUGACUGUGAUUUUAUCACAAGUGUCAUUUUGGCUAAACAGAGAAUCUGUCCCUGCUAGGACUGUCUUUGGAGUAACAACAGUCCUCACCAUGACCACCUUAAGUAUCAGUGCCCGUAACUCUUUGCCAAAAGUGGCCUAUGCUACUGCAAUGGACUGGUUUAUAGCUGUCUGCUAUGCCUUUGUCUUUUCUGCAUUGAUUGAAUUUGCAACCGUCAACUAUUUUACCAAGAGGAGUUGGGCAUGGGAUGGCAAAAAAGCCCUGGAAGCUGCUAAAAUCAAGAAAAAAGAACGCCAAUUGCUGGGAAAUAAAUCAACUAAUACUUACAGCACUGGAAAGUUGACCCCCGCACCAAACAUGCCAAAGGACUCAGCCCCAUCUGUCAUCUCCAACACUGCAACUGCUCCAGUCAAGUCUGCAGAAGAAAAGCCUGCUGAAAGCAAAAAGACUUACAACAGCAUCAGUAAGAUUGACAAAAUGUCCCGGAUAAUUUUUCCAGUGCUGUUUGGAACUUUUAAUUUAGUUUACUGGGCCACAUAUUUGAAUAGGGAGCCUGUUAUUAAAGGUGCCAAUUCUCCAAAAUAA